AUGUCAUUUCAGCCCUAAAAAAACGGAUUCCACAAACAGAUACGACCGUUGGGCUCCUGAUUCAAACUUCUACCUCUGAUUCUUCAAAUUUCACCUCAUAAAACAAACUUCAACAAUACCAAUACAUCCACAACACACCAAGAACAAGAAAAUAUCUGAAGAAUCAAUUCAAGAAACCAUGAGAUUCCACUUUCAGGAACCAAAAUCUCCCAUCAACUAUGAAGAACAAGAAGAAGAUACUCAUGAAAACAGCUCCUACUACCCCGGUUGCAAGAAAAACGCCAACUGUAAAUGUGAAUUUUGCAUUGCCAGUAUCAAUGCAACCCUUGAUCUCGUACCCAAUAGCUCCUUAACUAAAUUCUCUUCUUCAAAACCCAAUUUCAAUAGCUACUCUCCAAUCACCUUUGAUUCUUCCAUUUUCAACACGCCAAGAAAAGGUUCUAGCUUUAUAGAACCACCGUCCAGUGCUAUCAUCAAAUCAAGUGCUAAAUCGAAUCAUGUUCAGAGAGUGGAGAUGAAGAACGAGGGAAAAAAGAGGGAUUUUUGCUCUGGUGUUGGUGUGUUGAAUGUGAUGAUGGUUUUGGGGUUUCUUUUGUUUACUGAUGUUGUUUUGUCGAAGGUUGUUUCUGUGGUUUAUCAACCUUCUUUGUCGCCGGAAUUAGUGAAAAGGGUUGGUGAGAAAUGUUUUCAAAUUCAAGAUUUGAAUGGAAAGUUGAGAUUUUUGCAGAAAGAAUUUGGGAAUGUUGUUCAUGGAAAAGUUUCAAACUGUAGUUUUACUGGUAGCUCAUGGGAUGUUAGCCAGGAUGGUCUGUUAUUGAAUUCAAGGUGCAAAUUGUAUAAAUCAGCAAUGGAGGAGGUUGUAAUUUGGGGUUGGCCUCUACAAACUGCUGGAAUGAUCACAACCGGGAUGUCUUCUCGGACCCUAACUAUCUUAUCAGGAAGAGUUACUGAGUGGAGUGAUGGACAAGUUAGCUAUUUGAUUCGAAAGGCUAAUACUUCAUGGAUACAACCAGAAUGGGGUGCCUCAGUAGUUCAACUAGAUCCUAACACUUGGAUUCUUGAAUAUCAAAGGAGCUCUAUUGUUGAUGGUAAAGGAUUGUUUUCUGCAGCAUUGGAGUUACUCAAACAUAGGAUUUCAAGGAAUAUUGACAAGAUGAAGAAAAAUUUCUGGCUUUUUGCUGUUAGCUUUGAAGAUAAUCGUAGCUACAAUUGGUUCGCAACAACAAACUAUGGGUCUAAAACCCCGACUUGAGGUGAAUAGUAACUAGAUUUAGGAGUUAAGUCAUUCUCAAUCAGCACAUACACCUUCAUGUCUUUUGAGGAGCUUCAAGUUCUUUACUGUAAAGGUUCUUUAACUUUGAUUUCAUCUGUCAAUUCUUGAUCAACAAUAUAUUUGGAAUCUCUUAGUAGUGUUCACCUUUGAGUAUGUUUU